AUGAAGCGGAAACCGCGAAAGUUGCAACAAAGCGUAAAAAGUGAACUUAGCGUAAGAGAAACCAGCUCCGAUACACGUGCUGCUGAUGACGGUAGUAAGUGGCAUAUUUCAGAAGACUGUGAUGUAUCCAGGGAGGAAAAUACGGAAAGUUCACGUAGAUAUGAUUAUGAUAACACUUGUUCAUCUCUGGAUGUAAAACACAAGCCACCGUCUAUGUUAGCCGUAAAAGCAAGUACGUCUUCUGCAAGCAACCAAUCAAGACGUAAUACAAAGGACGUAAGAGAAGCUUGUAUCAGAUUCGUCGCGGUCAAAAGUGUCAUAGAAAGGAACCUUACCAUUAUGAUGUUUGCGGCAUCAAUUGUUUUCAUCCUGAGUUUUUUACCUUUCUUUGUGAUAAGAGUUAUCAUGAGGAUUUAUGCUGGUAAUGGUAUAGAUUAUGAACUGAAAACCGGAAUCCAGUUUGCGUUAAAAUUACCAAUACUGAACAGUGUCUUCAAUCCGAUCAUUUACGGUGUUUUCAAUUCCAAAUUCAGAAAAUUCCUUAAACGUGGAUUCUGCAGGUUUUGA